AUGGCGGGAGGUGGUCGGAGAAGAAGUAGAUUACAUCUAAGCAAUAUCUACGCUUUCAAAUUCCGUAAAUCAAGAUUUGAAGAAGACCAUUCACAAAUCGGAGGACCAGGUUACUCUCGAGUCGUUUACUGUAACGAGCCAAACUCUCCGGCGGCUGAACGUCGUAACUACGCCGGAAACUAUGUCCGAUCAACGAAAUACACUCCGGCUUCGUUCAUACCGAAAUCACUCUUCGAACAGUUUCGUCGCGUCGCUAAUUUCUACUUCCUCGUCACCGGAAUCUUGUCGUUGACUGCUCUUUCUCCUUACGGUGCCGUUAGUGCUCUCUUACCUCUCGGCUUCGUCAUCGCCGUAAGUAUGGUUAAAGAAGGAAUCGAAGAUUGGGGUCGAAAAAAACAGGACAUAGAAGUGAAUAACCGGAAAGUGAAGGUACACGACUGA